AUGGCCGCCCAAAAAGAAUACGAUGGCCUACACAAGGCCGGGUCGGAUAAGCGCAAGCUCAUCAGACAGCAUGUCAUGGUGGGCAAAAACCGCGGCAAGACCCGGAAGCCGAAUACAAAGACACCGCGCCGGGAUCUAGGAUCUUCCAAGCUCGAUUCAGAUAGACCAUCGGCUCUUGUGCUCAAAAUGCGAUAUCCAUCAAUACCCAACAAGGUUGGCAAUGAGCUUUCCUUCUCCAGAUUUGCCGCACCGGUCGAACCAGCAUUGUUACAAGAGAUGUUGAGAUUCUGCUUCAUGGCAAAAAAAGUCAUGUAUCCCCUGGCAGACCACAUCGACUUUCACAAAAACGAUAAGGUUGACACUUUAUGGUUCGACCUCUUGACAUACGACGUGGCAUACUUGCAUUCCGUCGUUUUUUCUCUGUCAGUCCUACUCGUCCCUCGUAUCAGGCAUCCAAAACCCAGCAUCCACAUGCCGAGGAUGGUACACUACUCUGAAGCUCUUCGGUUACUUCGCGAGAGAAUCUCGGGUCAAAGUAAGGAAAGAGAAACAUGGAAUUCCACGAUCCUCGUGGUCCUUUACCUGGCCACGCAUGCUCAUCUUGUGGGCGACAUUUCCUCCGCCAAGCAUCAUCUUCAAGGCUUGCGGAAAAUGGCCGAUUUGAAGGGCGGAAUAUACGCAUUCAGGUAUAACCCAAAGCUGAUCAUCGAAUUAAUGAAAGACGUCACCAGGGGUAGGAGCUUCACUGCAGCCGGUCGCGUCAAGCAUCUGCUGCACGGACCUGCAACAAGCCUGGACGGCGAUGAUAAGAUUUUGCUCGGUGAUCAAUUAUGCAACAAAGCGCGGGCGUCGGCUUCCUAA